AUGGUAGUGGCGCUGUGGUACGUGUAGCCGCUCCUCCUGUGCAAGCCCUGCCUGCUCAUCCAGAUCCCCGAGGAAUACGAUGGACACCAUGUGUUGGAGCCGCCUGUCAUCGUGGAGCCGUCCCCGCGGUGCCUUGUCGUCUUCCCCACGGAUGACAUCAGCCUCAAGUGCGAGGCCAGAGGCAAACCUGAAGUGCAGUUCCGCUGGACCCAGUAUGGCGUCCACUUUGAACCUGAGAAAGAACUGGGCGUGACCGUGCACCAGGCACCCCACUCCGGCUCCUUCACCAUCACGGGCAACAACAGCAACUUCGCCCAGAGGUUCCAGGGCACCUACCGCUGCUUUGCCAGCAAUAAGCUGGGCACUGCCGUGUCCCACGAGAUCCAGCUCAUGGCCGAGAGUGCCCCCAAGUGGCCAAAGGAGACGGUGAAACCCGUGGAGGUGGAGGAAGGGGAGCCGGUGAUUCUGCCCUGCCACCCCCUGCCCAGUGCCGAGCCCCCUCGGAUCUACUGGAUGAACAGCAAGAUCUUGCACAUCAAACAGGACGACCGCGUCACCAUUGGCCAGAACAGGAACCUCUACUUUGCCAACGUGCUCACCACAGACAACCACUCAGACCACAUCUGUCAUGCCCACUUUCUGGGUGCCCGAACUAUCAUUCAAAAGGAGCCCAUUGACCUCCGGGUCAAGGCCACCAACAGCAUGAUUGACAGGAAGCCGUGGCUGCUCUUCCCCACCAACUCCAGCAGCCACCUGGUGGCCAUGCAGGGACACCCGCUGGUCCUCGAGUGCAUCGCCGAGGGCUUCCCCACGCCCACCAUCAAGUGGGUGCGUCCAAGUGGCCCCAUGCCGGCUGACCGCAUAACCUACCAGAACCACAACAAGACCCUGCAGCUGGUGAACGUGGGCGAGGAGGAUGACGGUGAGUACCGCUGCCUGGCUGAGAAUUCACUUGGCAGCCCCCGGCACACCUUCUAUGUCACCGUGGAAGCUGCCCCGUACUGGCUGCACAAGCCCCGGAGCCACCUGUAUGGGCCAGGAGAGACCGCAUGCCUGGACUGCCAGGCCCAGGGCAGGCCCCAGCCUAAGGUCUCCUGGAGGAUCAAUGGGAUCCCUGUGAAGGAGCUGACCGGGGACCAGAAGUACCGGAUCCAUCGGGGAUCCCUGAUCCUCAGCAACGUGCAACCUGCCGACAUCACGGUGACCCAGUGCGAGGCCCGCAGCCGGCACAGGCUCCUGCUGGCCAAUGCGUACAUCUAUGUCAUCCAGUUGCCCACCAAGAUCCUGACUCCGAACAAUCAGACGUACAUGGCAGUCAGGGGCAGCAGUGCCCACCUCCUGUGCAAGGCCUUUGGUGUCCCUGUGCCCAGCGUGCAGUGGCUGAACGAGAAAGGGGAGACAGUGCUUCAGGACGAGCGCUUCUUCCCCUACACCAACGGCACCCUGGGCAUCCGUGACCUGCAGGUCAACGACACCGGACACUACUUCUGUCAGGCCACCAACGACCAGAACAACGUGACCAUCGUGGCCAUCCUACAGGUCAAAGAAGCAACUCAGAUCACGCAGGGGCCCCAGAGUGCCAUCGAGAAGAAAGUGACAAGUGAGGGCCAGGCUGGCUCGGUGGACGAGGUGGGGAAGAGUGGGAAAAGCAGGAAGUCAAAACCUCGAACACUGGGUCCCCGCACCCCUGCCCCCAGGUACUUCAUAGAGGAAGACAAUCUGGAUUAUGAUGACCAGGGCAACUACAGCUGUGUGGCCGGCACCCAGCUGGAUGUGGUGCAGAGGAGGGCAGAGCUCCUGGUGGUGGGGAGCCCUGGACGGGUGCCACAGCUGGAGCUGUCUGACCUUCACCUGCUGAAGCACGGCCAGGUGUGCCUGUCCUGGAGCCCUGCUGAAGACCACAACGCCCCCAUCGACAAGUAUCACACUGAAUUUGAGGACAAGGUAAUGGAGCCUGACAAAUGGAACAGUCUGGGCAAGGUGACAGGGAACCAGACUUCCGCCACCCUCAAGCUGUCACCCUACAUCUGCUACACCUUUCAGGUCACCGCCAUCAACAAGUAUGGCUCUGGAGAGCCCAGCCAGGACUCCGAGAUGGUGGAGACCCCCGAGGCAGCCCCAGAGAAGAACCCCGAGGAUGUGAAGGGGGAAGGGAAUGAGCCCCACAACAUGGUCAUCACCUGGCAGCCACUGGCGUGGAUGGACUGGAAUGCUCCCCAGCUCCAGUACUGUGUGCAGUGGCGUCUGCUGGGGGCACAGGGCGCCUGGCAGGAGGACACCGUGAGUGACCCAUUCCUGGUGGUGGCCAACACUUCCACAUUUGUGCCCUACGAGAUCAAAGUCCAGGCCGUCAACAGCCAGGGCAAGGGGCGCGAGCCCCACGUCACCAUCGGCUACUCCAGGGAGGACAUCCCCCAGGCCACCCCGCAGCUGGAAGGCUUCGAGAUCCUGAACGCAAACACAGUGCUGGUGAAGUGGAGGCCCGUGGACCCCGCCGAGGUCAAGGGUCAUCUCCAGGGGUACAAUGUGACGUACUGGCGCACGGGCAAUCCAAAGAAGCACAGCAAGAGGCACAUCCACCGAGCCUACGUGGUGGUGCCUGCCAACACCACCAUUGCCACCCUCGGCAGCCUGCGGCCUUACAGCUCCUAUCAUGUGGAGGUGCGGGCCUUCAACGGGCGCAGCGUGGGCCCUGCCGGCGACAUAACCUUCACCACCCCCGAGGGAGUGCCCGGCCACCCCGAGGCCCUGCACCUGGAGUGCCAGUCGGACACCAGCCUCCUGCUGCGCUGGCAGCCAACGCUCAGCCACAACGGCAUCCUCACCGGCUACGUGCUCUCCUACCACGCCUUGGACGAGGACGGGAAGGAGCAGUUGUCCUUUGACCUCCCGGACCCCGAGCUGCGCACGCACAACCUGACCAACCUCAGCCCCCACCUGCGGUACCGCUUCCAGCUCCAGGCCACCACGAAGGAGGGCCCCGGAGAAGCCAUCGUGCGAGAAGGCGGCCCCAUGGCCCUGUCUGGGAUCCCCGAUUUCAGCAACAUCUCAGCCACGGCCGGCGAGAACUACAGCAUCGUCUCCUGGGUUCCCAAGGGAGGCCAGUGCAACUUCGGGUUCCAUAUCUGGUUCAAAGCUGUGGGAGAGGAGAAGAUGGGAGCCCACCUCCCGCCUCAGUAUGUCCACUACAACCAGAGCUCCUACACACAGUGUGACCUGCAGCCCGGCACUGACUACAAGAUCCACCUGCUCAAGGAGAGGGUGCUUCACCACCAGAUGGCCGUGAAGACCAAUGGCACCAGACGGGUGAGGCUGUCCCCCACUGGCUUUGCCACCAAGGGCUGGUUCAUUGGCUUUGUCAGUACCAUCAUCCUCCUGCUCCUCAUUUUGCUAAUCCUUUGCUUCAUCAAGCACAGCAAGGGGGCAAAUACUCAGGUAACUGACAAGGAGGACACCCAGGUGGACUCGGAGGCCCAGCCCAUGAAAGACAAGACCUUUGGGGAGUACAGGUCCCUGGAGAGUGACAAUGAGGAGAAGGCCUUCGGGAGCAGCCAGCCCUCUCUCAACGGGGACAUCAAGCCCCUGGGCAGCGACGACAGCCUGGCCGACUACGGGGGCAGCGUGGAUGUCCAGUUCAACGAGGACGGCUCCUUCAUCGGCCAGUACAGUGGCAAGAAGGAGAAGGAGGCGGCAGGCGGCAACAACAGCUCAGGGGCCACCUCCCCCAUCAACCCUGCUGUGGCCCUGGAGUAGGGGG